CCCGAGGCGGUGCCAGCCCAGGCCCCGCCCCUGGGAGGGCGCUUCCGGCACAGCGGAACUCCGGGUGCCGGGUGAGGCUGCUGGUGGACCUCCUCUGUGGUCUUGGAUGAGGCCCCAUGAGCGCGGCGCCCCUGGUGGGCUACAGCAGCAGCGGCUCCGAGGAUGAGUCCGAGGACGGGAGGCAGACCAGGCCGGAGGAUGGGAGCCACCGUCGUGGCCAGAGCCCCCUUCCCAGGCAGAGAUUUCCAGUACCUGACAGUGUGCUGAAUAUGUUCCCGGGCACCGAGGAGGUGCCUGAAGAUGACAGCACAAAACACGGGGGACGGGUGCGCACCUUCCCCCACGAGCGGGGCAACUGGGCCACCCACGUCUAUGUACCAUAUGAAGCCAAGGAGGAGUUCCUGGAUCUGCUUGACGUGUUGCUCCCCCAUGCCCAGACAUAUGUCCCCCGCCUGGUAAGGAUGGAGGCGUUCCACCUCAGCCUGUCCCAGAGUGUGGUUCUGCGCCACCACUGGAUCCUCCCCUUUGUGCAGGCUCUGAAAGCCCGCAUGGCCUCCUUCCAGAGAUUCUUCUUUACUGCCAAUCAGGUAAAGAUUUACACCAAUCAAGAGAAAACCAGGACCUUUAUUGGGCUCGAGGUCACUUCAGGGCAUGCCCAGUUCCUGGACCUAGUUUCAGAGGUGGACAGAGUCAUGGAGGAAUUCGACCUCACCACUUUCUACCAGGACCCUUCUUUCCACCUCAGCCUGGCCUGGUGUGUGGGUGAUGCACGUCUCCAGCUGGAGGGGCAGUGCCUGCAGGAACUACAGGCAAUCGUGGAUGGGUUUGAAGAUGCUGAGGUGCUGCUGCGCGUGCACAUCGAGCAAGUCCGCUGCAAGUCUGGGAACAAGUUCUUCUCGAUGCCUUUGAAGUGAGCACCUGAGGCCUUCCUCCUCCAGGGCCCUCUGCAGACCAGGCUGAGAUGGAGGAACCUGCUAAAAUCAAUGGAGAUGCUUCUAGCCUCCCAGUGGGAGGUCCCAGCCACGCCUUCAGCCUGGCAGAAGGUGCAGCCACUCCUCAUCCUCCCUGAGUGCUCGCUCUCGCUCUCUCUCUCCCGCUCUCUGUCUCUCUCUCUCUCCCUCUUUCUCUUUCUCUUACCCUGCCUCCCUCCCUCUCUCUUCCUCUCCUCUCUCCGCUGUUGGGGGUUGCAGGUUGGGUGUGGCUGUGUUGUGGUCCUUCCCAGAAACUGCCAGUAGAGGGCAGCCUGGGCAUCCUAAUUCUUAACUCUGGUUGUUACGCAAAGAAAAUAUUGGGGUCAGUGGUGAGCCCACCCACACUCGCCAGAAUCUCCACUGUAGUCCCCCUAACAAACAGCCCUUCACUCCCUCUCCCACUUCAGCAAUUUGUAUUUUGAUGCCAUUGGCCUCAGAUCAGAGUGUUUUACAUCAUCACACCCUGGCUUAUCCCUGGCCAAGCCAGGACACGGGGUGCUUCAGUGGGUCUGUCACCCUCUCUCCUUGAAGCAUGUCGCUUUUAUUUAUUUACUUUUACUCUCACCCUGCUCCUGUGCCAGCAGGGGCUACUUCAAGGCCAGGGUCCAGGAUGAGAACUUGUGACCCAGCCUCAGUUUUCUCCACUUCUUUCUCCCACUUACCCUAGCAAGGUGCCUGGGGAGACUUGAACAGAUGUUUCAUUCUGGCCUGGCCAGUGGCUGAAAGCCAGGCCUCCAAUGCACUGUGACCUCUGGCUUCCCCAGCAGCUUUCCCAGAGAGGCAGAGGGGCCUUCCACAGCCGGGGUUCUCCUGCUCCCUCCUGCCUGCUGCAGCUGCAGCAUUCUGAGGGGCAACGUGGAGGAAGGGCCAGGGAUGCAUGGGAUUUUAACUUUUUCAUCAAACCUUCCGCGUGGCAAGGAAACAGUCAGUCCUCUUCAGGUGUCUUCUGGAUUUCUGGUGAUGGAUAGAGAAAUCUUUUUAUGUUACAGUUUUAAAUUAUGUUCAACAAAUAAAAAAUUACAUUUUUUAUUUUGGA